AUCCCCCUCACAGAACGGCCCUGUGUCUACCUCCAUCAUGCCGAAGGAGGAGUGUAAGUUGCCUUCGGGCUGUAAACACAAAGAGCGUAAGCCGAAGAAGCCGCAUUACAUCCCGCGUCCCUUCGGCAAACCUUACAACUACAAGUGCUUCCAGUGUCCCUUCACCUGCAUGGAGAAAUCCCACCUGUACAACCACAUGAAGUACAGCCUGUGUAAGAACUCGCUCUCGCUGCUCAUCGAGUCUGACUGGCCCUAUAAAAAAGGGAACCUGCUCCCGUCCGACCAGAUCCGCCUGCAGCAGAGCAUUGUGGGAAGUCGCGGUUCAGAGCAGGAGCAGGAGCAGGCAGAGCAGAAGGGAGGAGAUGACCUGCAGCUCAGCUUCACCGAUGAACAGGAGAUGGAGACAGAAAAAGGUGCAGAAGCUCGAGCGGAGACCAACGGGACAGCCAAUCAGAGCUCAGAACAGACAGAGGCGUCUCAGAGGGGCGGGGCCAAGCAGGAAGCUGAGCUUAUCAUGGCGGAUGUGUUUUCACUGGAGGAGCAGCUGUUACGAGCACGCUCAGUGGAGGUUGAAUCAAAGCUGCGUCACUACCGUCUCUCCAAAACACGCUUGCUCCUGUCCGAGUCAUUGCCCUGUUACCCCCCCACCUUACCCCCUGGGCAUCUCAACUGCCCUGAUGCCUCACCCCUCAACCUUUCUCUGCUUGGUGUUGGCUACCCUUUGACCUCUGACCUCUUUUCCUAUCUUAACCCUGGCCACGGUGCUGCAACCACAUCCAAUCCAGCACAGGUCAGCUCUUUGCCUUUUCUGGCUUCAGCAGCUCAGCUCACACACACUCACACACACUCCGACCGCUCAGUACUGCCCUCACGUAUCUAUUACCCCUUCCUAUGUGAGCACACGGCAGCAUCAGACCCCAGUAAAGCCAUUAAACCCACUGCCUUUACCCCCAAACUCAACCUGUGGAAGUUCCCGACAGUCCGGCCUGCAGGCUCGACUGAAGCCUGGAGCUCGCCUGGCAGCUUGAGCCCAGAGAUGGGGCCUGGCAACGGGGAGCGGGGUCAGAGCCGAUGGGGGGUGGAGCAAAGUGGAAAAAGGGCGGGGGCUCCUCUGGACUCCCAUAAUGCACCUGUAGAAAAAAAGGCAGCACCAUCAUUCCUGACCAAUCAGGCCAUGCCCAUUUCUGUUGACCAACUCCUCCUACAUCUCUCUCUCAACAGUCAAACUGGAUUGGACGAGCGUUACUCUGACAUGAGAAGCUCCACCCACUUCUCAGAGGCAGGUGAAGAGAAGGACAGAGGGACGGAUGCAGAGACGAAUGGAGGGAUGGAUGGAGAGAUAGUGUGCGAUCUUUCCUCAGCGCUGCAGGAGCUUCAUCGUGCCGAGCGAGAGGCGGAGCUACACCCUGAACACGCCCACUCUCACCACAUGUGGGCACAAAAGAUCCGCAAAAUCCGCCUGGAGCUGUCUCACAUCCACCAGGCGCUGCAGAGGACUGCGCAGGGACCCCUCGACCUGUCUGUCAAAAAGGAGCCCAUCGCCAUGACGAUCACGCCUCCGGGUGAAAAGAAUGAAAUGAAAAAGCAUUUAGGACCGAGCCAGGAUAUGAGUUCUGAGACAGGAGAAGACGAGGAAGAGGAAGAGGAAACAGAGACAGAGGACGAGUGGAAGAAACGUUCUCUCGACGUCCUGAUCAGGAUGGGCCAAUCCCAGGGCAUUUCCAUGGUGACCUCAGGUGUUGCCAUGGUAAAGUCAGAGCAGUUGCUGGGUGAUGCAGAGGCACUGUGGAACAGCAGGACCAGGAAGUGUGAAGCUGACUCCAGUGUUCGGGUGUGUUCUAAAACCCCAAACUGCCCCUCAAGCCCAAUAACUGCUCCCGCAGUACAAUAACUGCCCCAUUCAUCAAAUAACUAUCCUCUAAUACCAGUAACUGCCCCAUAACUCCAAUAACUGCCCCAGUAACUCCUAUAACUGCACAUGUAACUCCAAUAACUGCCCCUGUACUCCAAUACCUGCCCCAUUUGUCCAAUUACUGCCCUGCUUACUCCAAUCCCUGCCCUCUAACUCCAAUAACUGCCCCAUAACUCCAAUAACUUCCCUUUUCAUCCAAUAACUGCCCAUUUCAUCCUAUAUCUGCCUCUGUAGCUCCCUGCAGUACAAUAACUGCCCUGCUUACUCCAAUAACUGCCCCUUCAAUCCAAUAAAUGCUCCUCUAACUCCAAUACCUGCCCCUUUUGUCCAAUAACUGCCCUGUUUACUGCAAUACCUGCCCUCUAACUCCAAUAACUGCCCCUUUCAUCCAAUAUCUGUCUCUGUAGCUCCAACAACUCUCCUUCUAAUGCCAAUAACUGCCCUUUUUAUCCACUAACCCCCCCUCAAUUCCAAUAACUACCCCUUUAAUCCAAUGACAGCUCCUGCAGUACAAUAACUACCCUGCUUACUCCAAUAACUGCACCUUCAAUCUAAUAACUACCCCCAAUUUCAAUAACACGACCCCCAAAGACCAACAACUGGCCCAAUCCAAUAUCUGCCUCUCCAGUUAAACAUCUGCCCCGAUACAACAACUUCCCCUCCAAUUUAUCAUCUGCCCAUCAACUACCAGUUUAAACUGAAUGAACUAAGUGACUCAGUCAGCUCGCUCUAAUAUUUUUUACUCGUACAGCACUGUUUCGUUUAAGCUCAAUAAAAUAAAUAAAUGAUAUAAUAACAAAACUGUCAGUCAGAGGAUGAAAUGAGCACUGAUUAUAGUUUUUAGAAAUUAGUGAAUGAAUUACUUCUGUACAGAAUGUGUAUAAUUUUACUCUUUACUGUGUGAAAUAUUUGACAGUUCACACCGGUUGUGUCUCAUUUGCACUUCUGUGAAUAUAAACAUGUAGCUAGUGUUCGCUGCACAAUCUCUUAUAAUUCAUUUUUUAUUGUUUUAAUGAAAUAUAACUCUCACUAAUCCCUCAUCCUUCACACAGACAUAAGCUUUGUUAAGAUCUGUUGUAUCUGUUGCCAAAAGCCAAAUGUAGUGUGUUUGUGCUCCAUACAGACCUCGGAGUGAAUAAAAGUGUAAAAAAAACAAACAAACAAAAAAACAAUCAAGCCUGUAGUGAAUUGUGUUGUGAAUCUGAAUUUUAUUUUAGUUUUAAUAUUUGUGGUUACAGUUGAUUAGUUGAUUCAGAAACUGUU